AUGGCACGAACGAAGCAAGUCGCGUUUGGACGUCGGUAUAACCACAAGCCGAAAGUCUUCCGCGAUCAUGGGGGAAACAGCUAUACGGUGAUUGGAGGAACGCCGAGCUCGUGCUCCAACCCAUCGACCAUCACUAAACUGAGCAUCCACUUGUAUACUCUGUCCGAGUUGGAAGAGACCCCAGAGGAACUUGGCUCCAAAUUACUCGGUAGCUAUGGUAUUAUAAACUGUGGAAAUCUACAUAAUUACUGGCCCCGUGUAGACGUCUACUCCCCACUGGGAAGCAUCGAAGAGUGCAUGGACCACCACCGCGCGGAGAAGAUCUACAGGAAACACGCCCUGGAGGAAAUGCACAGGGAGGCAAGGGCUUCAGCCGAUAACGAGGAGGACGCCGAGGAAGCCGUGCGGAAGUUACGCGGGAAACAGCCCUUGCCGCAUAUCGUCCCGACCUGGGCAAGUACAGAGCGGUUCUGGACUCAGCAUUCCUACGGUCAUGACUGGCGAUAUCGCAGUUUUGUUCUCGUUGUACCUUGGGACUGUCGAUGUUGGGAUGAUGUUGAGGAGAAGGGGCUGUGGGUAGUGUGCUUUGAUCAGGAUGUUACGCCGGCGAUGGAGACGCAUAUGUGGGAUUGUGUGCGGGAGGAAGACUGGCAAGUCGACAAUGGAGAGGGAUGGGUCGAGAUUGAGAGGGUAGAGUAUGGACCUCCGGUUCGCAUUGAACGUGUGUCGGUUUACAGGGAGGACCAGGAGUGUGGUCAACGCAAUUCGACCAUUACUGGUAGUUUGUGCGACAUGUGGAGUCGGAUCAUACGAGUGCUGAACGAUUGUACAUAUCGACGCCCAGUGUGCCCUGGUUGCGCAGAGGACGCUCCUCAUGAGUGUGAGUUUGAUAUGUAA